AUGGCGGAAAACGGCGAAGAUCCUCAGCGAUUGAAAAAGAUUGCGGCGGCAGCAUACGACUACGAAAACGACGCUCGAUGGGCGGAUUAUUGGUCCAAUAUUCUCAUCCCUCCUCACAUGGCUUCUCGUCCUGAGGUCGUCGAGCAUUUCAAGCGCAAGUUCUACCAACGAUACGAGGAUCCUGAUCUUGUUGUGGAGCCUAUGUCGACUUCAUCUUCUUCUUCGCAAUCUGCAAGACCAUCUACUACUUCUGCAUCUUCCACUGCAUCUACUAAUGAAACUCGUUCACGGAACUCAGGAUCAGUUCCACGAACCACUGGGCCAUCUGCUACGACAGGUGCAAAUGCAAGUUCAAUGCGCUGGGACCAGCAGACGAUUCAGUUUUCUGUCAAUGCUUGGGUUUUUGUUAUAGCUGUGCUGGCAGUGUUACCUCUAGUCCCAAAGAACCUUUCAAACAGGGCUUAUCGUCUAUCUUUCAUGGGAACUGCGUGCUCAUCUCUAUAUUCCUUGUACUCUCUUUACGGGAAACCAAGGGCAUGGAAUAUGCAAGGGCUGCAAGUUUAUUUUCAGUCAAUUGUGGGAGCAAAGGAUUUCAUCUAUUUCAUCUACUGCCUUACAUUUGUCACUUCGCAUCUCUCUCUGAAGUUUGCUUUGAUUCCCAUCUUGUGUCGAGCACUUGAACAAGUGGCCAAGUUCUUGAGGCGUAACUUUUCUCGCUCCACCAUAUACAGAAAGUACUUGGAAGACCCUUGUGUGUGGGUGGAGUCAAACACAACUACCCUCAACAUCCUCUCAUCCCAGGCUGAGAUAGCUAUUGGCUUCCUUCUGAUUAUCUCUCUGCUUUCAUGGCAACGAAACAUUAUACAGACAUUCAUGUACUGGCAGGUGCGUCUCUUCAAAAGUUUUCCUUGCUCUACUUUUGGUUCUGAUCAUCAUUUCUCUCUAAUGGCUCAACAUGUCCUAGUUGAACUCUUGGUUGAAACACGAUCAACUGAACAUAUAAUGGUUAUAGGAGGAACCACUAUUGAAGCUGAUGUAUCAAGCACCAGUAACAGCAGGUUACCACCAGAGCACAUGGAGCAGAAUCGGGACGACGGUGAAUCCGAUUAUCCAACGUUACGCUCCAUUCUUGAAUACUCCGGUCACUGCCGUUCAGAGAUGGUGGUUCAGGUGAAAACAAACAAAAUGCAGAAGUGA